AUGCUCCGCUCUCUCCCUCUACGCAUUGACUACCCAUGUGACUGCUCGUCGCCCGCGUUGUGCGCGCAGGGCUCCUUUCUUGCAACCUGCGGCAAGAACCGCGUUGUCAACGUCUUCAAUCGUCAGGGCGAGGAGCAUGCCGAGAUUGCGCUCGACGGCAGCGGCAAGUGCACAGGCCUCGAGUGGGACAAGGACGGCGAGAUGCUGGCGGUGAUGCAGGAGAAGUCGCCCGUGAUCAAGCUGUGGGACGCCAAUCAGAACUCCGAGUCCUCCCUCGACACGGGCGUCAAGGAGGAGCUGACGCUCAUUUGCUGGUCGGCAGCGGGACCGCAGCUGGCCAUCGGCACAGCAAAGGGCAACCUCCUCAUCUACAACAAGCGCACACUCAAGAAGCAGUCCAUCGCCGGAAAGCACGCCAAGACUAUCACGUCCGGCGCGUGGAGCUCGGACAACAAGCUCGUCCUCGCCUCGGCCGACCGGCAGGUGACCAUCUCGAACGCAGACGGCGACGCGCUUGCACAGACGGCGCUGAAGGCGGAGGGGUCCGCCAUUCAGAUUCCGGCGCGCGGCGGAGGCGGCUCGGUGGCGUCCGUGGUGAGCGGCGGCAGCACGCUGCUCGUCUUUGACGUCAAUAAGCCGACUGGCGGCACCGAGCUCAAGUUCUCGCCCACGUACGGCAAGGUGACGUCCUAUCGCUGGUUUGGCGACGGACUCGUUGCGGUCGCGUUCGAUUCGGGCUACUUUGUCGUCCGCUCGGCCGAGGUCGGCGCGUCGACUGAGGAGCUCUUUUCAAAGAAGCUCUUUGCCGGCGCCGCCUCUCUUGCGGUCUCGGCGCAGACGCGGCGCGCCGCGGUCUGCUCUGGGCGCGAGAUCAAGAUUGUGGACCUCGAUGAUGAGUAUCGCGAGAUGGAGGACGAGUCCAUGCUGCUCGACUCGGAGGACGGCGACCUCCAGCACGUGACGUGGACGAGGGAUGGGCAGGUGCUGACCGUCUCGUCAAGCUCGGGUGCAGUCCUCAGCUUCCUCGCGUGCCUGCCGCCUCUCGCGAUCGCGCACGGCGCAAGCUACAUGUACCUGACUUCGCUCAUGGAACUAUCGGUGUGCUCUGCCCUGCCGGACCGCAAGGGCGACGAGCCACGCCGCGUCAGGAUCGGCAUGGAGCCGACAUUUGCCGCGCUCGGCCCCGCGCACGCCGCGGUUGGGAUGAACAACCAAGUCUUUUUCCACUCGCUCGAGGCGGACGACUGUCCGCUCGCCUUCGAGCGGGAGUACCUCGGCACGGUGGAUCAGGUGAUCCUGAACGCUGAUUUUGUCGCCGUGCUGUCGGAGGGGCGCGUGCAAGUCCACACUCUCCGCGAGGGCGACGACGGCGCGCAAAUCUUCCCGGGAAAGGACGAGAGCGCGGACGUCACGUGCAUGUGCAUGUCGAGGGACUUUCUUGUCUACGGCACAGCGCGGGGAACCAUCUCCUACAUCUUUCUCCAAGAGUUCGCCCUCAUCAACGAGUACAGGCACGAGUGCGGCAUCGCAAAGCUCUUCCCCAACGACUCUGCGACGCGGCUGGUCUUUGUCGACGACACCGCCGCCGGCUUCCUCUACAAUCCGGUGGUCGACCUGGCGCGACCCAUCCCACGCUUCCCGCCGGCGGCGAUCCGCGUGAUGUGGGACUCGGCCGACUGGGGCGUGCUCGUGGUCCACGACGCGAAGGUGCUCUCCGUCUACGUCUACUCGCAGCACCAUGUCAGCGACGAAGGCAGCGGAGGCGUCAAGCCCAUCGGCCAGACCAAGCUGCAGCCGGGCCUGACGCCCAUCAUGGCGUACGACGGGACUGUCAUAUCGCAGGCCGACAACGGGGCGAUCGUGCACGUGCCUCUCUCCACCCACGACGCCAUUCUCAAAGUGGCGGCAAAGGGCGGCGCGGCGGGCGAGACGCUCCGCAAGUGCUUCCACCAGAACCUCGAGCUGCUGCGCUUCACGCGAGCGUGGGAGGUCGCCAAGCUGCUGCGCGACCAGGAGCUCUACCUCAAGCUGGCCAGGGCGGCCCUGCUGAACCUCGAUGUUGCCCUCGCGGAGCGAGCCUACCGCGAGCAGGGCGACGCGUGCAUGGUGCUCACCCUCUCCAAGCUGCGCGCCAUCGAGGACGCAAACCUGCUCGCCGGGCACAUCGCCCUAACGUUCGAGGACUACUCGCGCGCGCAGGAGCUCUUCCUGGUAUCGACGAGGCCCAUCGCGGCGCUCGAGAUGCGCCGCGACCUGCUCCACUGGGAGCAGGCCCUCAAGCUGGCGAAGACGCUCGCGCCGGAGCAGGUGCCGUACAUCUCGUGCGAGUUUGCGCAGCAGCUCGAGUUUCGCGAGGAGUACGAGCGAGCCCUGCAAAUGUACACGGCAGGCCUCAACGCGGCGGAGGCGCUCGCCUCACGCUUUGAUGCGCGCGGUGGCGACUCACGCCUCGCGCACGCUUGUGCCGUCGGCGUGGCAAAGAUGACGCUGCGGAUGGGCGACGCGGGCCGGGGAGCUCAGCUCGCCCUCGAGACGGGCGACGCUCAGUGCUGCCGCGAGUGCGCGGAUAUCCUCGACACCGUGCUAAAGCAGCCGCAGGAUGCGGCGCGGCUCUACGAGGAGGGCGACGCGCCCGAGAAGGCGGUCAAGAUCUACAUUCGCACCAAGAACUGGGUGGCGGCGAAACCGCUCAUGGGCCGCAUCUCGGCGCCAAAGCUGCUCAUCGAGUACGCAAAGGCCAAAGAGAUUGACAAGGCCUACGAGGAGGCGGCUGCGGCGUACGAAAAGGCCAACGAUGUUGACUCUGUCGUGCGGCUGCUCCUGUCCCACCUCGGCAAGGCACAGCGCGCGUUUGCCGUCGUCCGCGAGUCCAAGUCGUCGCAGGGCGCCCUGUUGGUGGCGAGGCACUGCGUGUCGGCCGGGGACAGCCGGAAUGCCAUCGAGUUCUUCCUGCUUGCGAAGCGGGCGGAGGAUGCCUUUGAGGCGGCUUCGACCAACGACCACAUGGAGGUCUUCACCGCGGCCCUGGGAGCGGACGGCAGCCCGAGCGACUACAAGAAGGUCGCACAGUACUAUGAGGAGCGGGGCGACCCGAUGCGAGCGGGCGAGUUCUGGUUCCUCUUCAAGGACUACGCCAAGGCACUCCGACUCUUCCUGCAGUGUGGGGAGCGCGCCGUCCGCCAGGCCACCGAGGUGGUGGGCCGCGCGCGCUCCGACACCCUCACCCACCAGCUGAUCGACUUUUUGAUGGGCGAGACGGAUGGCGUGCCCAAGGACCCCAACUACAUCUUCAAGCUCUACAUGGCGCUGGGCAACUACACGCAGGCGGCCAAGACGGCAAUCAUCAUCGCACGGCAGGAGCAGGAGGUUGGAAACUACCGCGUGGCGCACCAGAUCCUCUUCGACACGCAUCGAGAGCUCUCUUCGCAGCGCAUCCGCGUGCCGCAAGAGCUGGCCAACAGCCUGAUGCUUCUGCACUCGUACGUGCUCGUCAAGCCGCUCUCCAAGAGCGGCGAUCACAUGACGGCAGCGAGGCUCCUCUGCCGAGUGGCGCGGAGCAUCUCACGCUUCCCCGCGCACGUCGUUCCUAUCCUCACCUCUUGUGUCAUCGAGUGCCACCGUGCGGGCCUGCGCGAGUCCGCUUUUGAGUUUGCCACGACGCUCAUGCGGCCAGAGUACCGCGAGCAGCUGCAGGAGGGCUUCAGACGAAAGAUCGAGAACAUUGUGCGCAAACCGGGCGACAAGACUGACGCCGAGGAGGCGGAGACCCCGUCGCCCUUUGACUCGGCCGCGAGGCUGCCAGAGUCGGAGCUCGAGUGCCCGUCCACCAAGAACCAGAUCCCCUACUGUGUCGCGACCGGCCGGCACGUCGUCACGUCGGACAUGUGCCUCUGCCCCUCGUGUGGGUUCCCCGCCUCCUACGCGGUCUUCACGCAGCUGAUUCAGACGGAGGGCGUGUGCCAGAUGUGCAUGCAGCAGGUACAAGUCAAGGACAUCGUCAAGCUCGAGCCGGCGGAGGCGCAGGCGUUUUGCCUGCGCAGCGUGCAGAGGGCGGAGAGGGAGCCAGGGAGGCAGUGA